GCGUGAAUAGAGAAUGAAACGUUGAAUUUAAAGCUUUGCGAACACCAUCUGGGUUUUCUCUCUUACACUCCCUAAGAUGUCGAAGAGAGGACGUGGUGGAUCGGCGGGAGCCAAAUUCAGGAUAUCCUUAGGUUUACCAGUUGGAGCCGUCAUUAAUUGUGCCGACAAUACUGGGGCAAAGAAUUUAUAUGUAAUUGCAGUUCAAGGAAUUAAAGGUCGUCUAAAUAGACUUCCUGCGGCUGGAUCGGGUGAUAUGAUAGUUGCCACGGUUAAAAAAGGAAAGCCUGAACUCAGAAAAAAGGUUAUGCCAGCCGUGGUAAUAAGGCAACGAAAACCGUUUCGUAGGAAGGAUGGAGUAUUCAUAUAUUUUGAAGACAAUGCAGGUGUAAUUGUCAAUAAUAAGGGUGAAAUGAAGGGUUCUGCGAUCACAGGUCCAGUUGCAAAAGAAUGUGCAGAUUUAUGGCCCAGAAUUGCAUCUAAUGCUAGCAGUAUCGCUUAAACAUUCAUGUAUAAAUAUUUUUCACUUAAUAAUACAAAUCUGGAUGUUACGUCCAAAACAAGA